GGAAUUCCCUUCGAUGGCGGGCUGCGCUGCCUCUGCUGGAAGAUACUUCUGAACUACCUCCCUUUAGAGAAAGCCUUAUGGAGCUCUUUGCUGAAGAAACAGAGGGAUCUGUAUUCCCAGUUCCUGAAGGAAAUGAUUAUCCAGCCUGGGAUUGCCAAAGCCAACCUGGGUGUUUCAAGGGAAGAUGUGACCUUAGAAGAUCAUCCCCUCAAUCCAAACCCAGACAGUCGAUGGAAUACUUACUUCAAGGAUAACGAAGUGCUUCUCCAGAUUGACAAAGAUGUCAGGAGGCUGUACCCUGACAUGGCCUUCUUCCAGCGUCCAACAGACUACCCCUGCCUUUUAAUCCUGGACCCCCAAAACGAGUUUGAGACGCUGCGCAAGCGAGUGGAGCAGACCACGCUCAAGUCGCAGACGGUGGCACGAAACCGCAGCGGCGUAACAAAUGUGAGCUCCCCUCUUAAAACAACACCCAAUUCUCUGAGCGAGUACGAAGUUCUGCCCAACGGCUGUGAAGCUCACUGGGAAGUGGUGGAGCGAAUCCUGUUUAUCUAUGCCAAGCUGAACCCUGGGAUAGCCUAUGUCCAGGGGAUGAAUGAAAUCGUGGGGCCUCUUUACUACACCUUUGCUACGGAUCCUAACAGCGAAUGGAAAGAACAUGCUGAAGCAGACACGUUUUUCUGCUUUACCAAUCUAAUGGCUGAAAUUCGGGACAACUUCAUUAAGAGCCUGGAUGAUUCUCAGUGUGGUAUUACCUACAAAAUGGAGAAGGUCUACUCCACGCUGAAGGAAAAGGAUGUGGAGCUGUAUUUGAAACUGCAAGAACAGAACAUCAAACCCCAGUUCUUUGCCUUCCGUUGGCUGACGCUGCUCUUGUCCCAAGAGUUCCUGCUGCCAGACGUCAUCCGUAUCUGGGACUCCCUCUUUGCUGACGAUAAACGCUUUGAUUUCCUUCUGCUCGUCUGUUGCGCCAUGUUGACACUAAUCCGGGAUCAGUUGCUGGAAGGAGACUUCACUCUGAACAUGAGACUGCUACAGGAUUAUCCUAUUUCUGAUGUUCAUCUGAUUUUGAAGAAGGCGAAGGAACUUCAAGAUUCCAAAUAGUCUGUGAGCCUAACAGAAAGGUGUCAGAGAAACUGUAUGGCAGCAGAUCCCAGGAGAUGCCCCCAUGAAGCGUGGUGCAUUAAAGCUCCUGGUGGUCUCUGCAAGACUUCAAGUUCCAUGUUUGGGCUACUGGCCACCUUGAAGACUUCCUUCUACUCUAUUUAUUAGGUCAAGGACUGAUUACUUCCCCAUCUACUUGGGUCCUGCACUCCAAUUUUUUUCACCUCUCAAAUGCCUCUGUGCUGCCAAAAGCAGUUCUUUGUAUCUUUUUUUAAAGACUUUUAAGUUUGGAGAGAAAGAAAGGAUCUGUCUGCAUAUCCAUGAAA